UCAAACUUCAAACCCUAAAAUCUAAAAAACUGAAAAAAUCGCAUCUGUCCAUUUCUCGAUCCUUCCCAUUUUCACUCUCGUUGGCUCGUACUCCGCCGCCGUGGUCUCUCGCCGGCCGAUCCUGUCUCCUUCCCUGAUCCAGCACCGGCCGCUCCUGGUCCAUGUAAUAUUUAGUCUCUUCUUCUAUAUAGGUGAUUGUCAUUUUUGAAAGGAAAAAGAAGUAAAGAAUGUUAGGAGGAACGGGGCCAAUCUUACCCCUUCCUGCUCCUCCCUCUGAUGGAAAUCUUGGGCCACUUCCGCUAUCUCAACUGACUGAAGAGCAGCAGAAGGAGAAGAAGGAGGAGGAGGAGGAGGAGGAGCUGAACAAAUCCAACUCGGCUCCUGCUUCAGUUGCAACCCACACAAGAACUAUUGGAAUCAUACACCCUCCUCCGGAUAUUCGAAACAUUGUCGAUAAAACUUCGCAAUUCGUUGCUAAGAAUGGGCCUGAAUUUGAGAAAAGGAUUAUAGCAAACAAUACUGGGAAUGCCAAAUUCAAUUUCCUGAUUCCUUCAGAUCCAUACCAUGCUUAUUACCAGCAUAGGCUGUCUGAAUUCCGUGCUCAGAAUCAGUCGCCUUCACUGCAACCUUCUUCACAGCCUGCAGACUCUACUGGACCUGAGUCUGCCUCGCCAACUACGGCUGCCGAUGGCAAUGAAACAACAGCACAGAAGCCUGAUCCGUCCGCCCAGUUUAGACCUGUACGUAAAGUUCUUGAGCCCCCAGAAGCGGAGCAGUAUACUGUUCGACUUCCUGAAGGAAUUACUGGGGAAGAAUUGGAUAUUAUUAAGCUCACAGCCCAGUUUGUUGCUCGAAAUGGGAAAUCGUUUUUGACAGGAUUGACUAGUAGGGAGAUUAAUAACCCUCAAUUCCAUUUUCUGAAGCCUACUCAUAGUAUGUUCAUGUUUUUUACUUCACUAGCAGAUGCGUAUUCAAAAGUUUUGAUGCCCCCAAAGGGCUUGACAGAGAAGCUUAAAAAGAGUGUUGUUGAUAUGACGACUGUGCUUGAACGAUGUGUGCAUAGGCUAGAGUGGGAACGCUCGCAAGAGCAGGCUAGGCAAAAAGCUGAGGAUGAGAUUGAGCAGGAAAGAAUACAAAUGGCCAUGAUAGAUUGGCAUGACUUUGUUGUGGUUGAGUCAAUAGACUUUGCUGAUGAUGAGGAUGAGGAUUUACCUCCUCCCAUGACCCUGGAGGAGGUCAUAAGGAGAAGUAAGGUUACAUCUAUGGAAGAAGACAUUGUUGAGCCCAACAAAGAGGUGGAAAUGGAAAUGGACGAAGAAGAGAUGCAACUUGUUGAGGAGGGCAUGAAACUAACUAGACUUGAUGAGAAUGAUGAAGAAAAGAGGAAUGAGAUGAAGGUGUCUGAGGAACCAGAACCGCCAAUGAGAAUUGUUAAGAACUGGAAGAGGCCUGAGGAUAGGAUUCCUGCUGAAAGAGACCCAACGAAGUAUGUUGUUUCUCCAAUCACUGGUGAGCUAAUUCCUAUUAAUGAGAUGUCUGAACACAUGAGGAUUUCUCUCAUUGAUCCCAAGUUCAAAGAGCAAAAGGAGAGGAUGUUUGCGAAGAUUCGAGAGACUACUCUGGCUCAGGAUGAUGAGAUAUCUAAAAACAUUGUUGGGCUUGCACGUACUCGUCCUGAUAUAUUUGGUACCACAGAGGAAGAAGUCUCCAAUGCUGUGAAGGCUGAGAUUGAAAAGAAAAAAGAUGAACAACCGAAGCAGGUCAUAUGGGAUGGUCACACUGGAAGUAUUGGGCGAACUGCAAACCAAGCUAUGUCACAAAAUCUUAACGGAGAGGAUCAGAGCGAUGCUGCUAACAAUGACUACAGGACCCUACCUGGUCCUACUGCUCCUCCUAAAUUUGGUGCACCUUUAGUUCGUCCUCUUCCACCACCACCUGGAUUAGCUUUGAAUAUUCCUCGUAUGCCUCAAAACACAAUUCAGUAUCCACCUCCAAACAGUGGUGGGCUCCCUGUACCUCAACAAAGACCCCCAGUUAUGCAAAUGAUGCAGAGGCCGCCAAUGCCGCAAAUGACCAUGAAUUCUGGUCAGCAGUCCUAUAUGAUGAACCGACCGCACUCAAUGCCUCCCUCCAUGUCUUUAGGUGGACCAAAUAUGUCUGUGCCGCCUCCUCCUGGUUCUCAUUACAAUCCCCUACCAGUUCCCCGAGGUUAUGCUCCAGUUCCUGGCCCCCCACCUGCAAUGCCCCAUGGAAUGCCCCCACCCCCUUUGCCUCAUGGAAUGCCUCCACCACCACCUGAGGAAGCUCCUCCACCACUUCCAGAAGAACCAGAGCCAAAGAGGCAAAAGCAUGACGACUCUUUGCUUGUUCCAGAAGAUCAGUUUUUGGCUCAACAUCCGGGACCUGUUCGCAUUUCUAUUUCUGUUCCUAAUGUCGAUGAAGGAAAUCUUAAAGGUCAACUUCUGGAGAUCACAGUACAGUCUCUAUCUGAAACUGUAGGAAGUCUGAAGGAAAAAAUUGCGGGCGAGAUCCAGCUUCCAGCAAACAAACAGAAACUGAGUGGAAAACCUGGUUUCCUCAAGGACAAUGUAUCACUUGCUCAUUACAAUGUUGGAGCAGGCGAAACACUUACUCUUUCUCUUAGAGAGCGUGGUGGUAGAAAGAGAUGAUCAGAUUCUUUGAACAUGCCAUUUGAGGUUUUUGCUGGAAUUUUCUUGAUACCGUGAAAAAUAUGCCAUACAUUGAUUGUUGAAUCCCUUUUGACCUUCUUUGAUGGAAGAGUAGUAUAUGUUAGUGAUGUACUAAGAGGAAGAUUUUUGAAAAUUUUAUUCUCAUCUUUAACUGAUGAUAGAGUGCUAUCUAAUACAGAUCAAGCAGGGUGUCUCUUACGGGCAAUGGGAAGUAUGCAAGUUCCUUCGGUUCUUGACAGAGCUAUUCAUCUACCUUUAGUACUUUCACUUGUGCAGUUACUUGGCCAAUGUUAUGUUCCCAUAUAUUUGUAUAAUGGCUGUGAUAAUUUUUAAAGCAUUCUUCAAAUCUUGGUGUUAUGAAAACCUUUCAAGUUUCUAUAUAUUUACUGUUAGUAUUUCUUGUUGAUACUUUGUUCCUGAUUUCUAUAUUAAGGAACUUUUUGCUAGCGUUUAAUUUUAUUUUGUAGGAAGCUUGCUCAUUCUGGACUGGGUGGACUGGUGGGUCAGUUUGGUUCAUUUUGAGCGUCGAAACAGUCGGUGUGUUUCGGCCGGUGCUUAAAUCUUAUAUCUCAAAAGCCUAAGUUAACCUUCAGCUAGUUUUUUUGUGUGGCCUCUACUAGAGUUGGUGUUGCCUGAUUAUGUUGUUUUGCAACUACAGAAUGCUACUACUUUUUGGAACUCUUGGAAUGGUCUCACGGAGAGACCUGUUGAAACUUGGUUGUGUCUUUCUCUAAUUAUCUGACACAGGUAGACAAAAAUGUGUUGAUCCAUAAUACUUGUUUGUAACUCCAAUGGCAGUCAUUUGAACCAGCCCCUUUGUUUUUCUUUUCACGUGGUGCAGUUGAACAGUGAUGUGGUUGGAGUUUCAUGUGGGAGUCAGCAGGAAUUUAGCUUUUUGUAAUAGUAAAAUUUGUUGAUUGCAUUUUAAAGGGGAGAAAUCCUUUAUAGCUCGACUUAAUAAUAAUAAUAAUUCAUCA